UACACCUUCCCACCCCUACAUUCCUUUCCUCCCUUUUUCACUCCUCAAUCGCACGCCGAGACAUGGUCCACUCAAGCUACGAACUGGUCCAGCAUUAUUCGAAGCUGGUGCAAACAUCACCGCAGAUUCUUUUUGGAUGCCAAGGGAGAGUGGGAGAGGGGUGGAGCGGAUGGACUUUUUGAGAGUAGGAUUUGUGCAAGGAGGUUGGAUGAGCUGGCGAUUGAGAGGAUUCUGGCAUUCAUGGUGGAGCGAGGUGAGUUACCUUCCAAACCAAAAAUUGGAGCGGCACUGUCGACGCGUGCCCUAAUCUUCUGGUACAGGCCCGAAGAGUGGGCCGAUCAAAUCUACGCUUGGAUCUGCUCGACGGGUCAGAACGGCUCCAUCUUGACACUUUACGAACUGACGCACGGAGAUCCUUCGGAAGGAACAGAGUUUCAUGAACUGCCCGACGAGAUGCUCCGAAAAGCUUUGGCCAUCCUGAUCAAGGAUGGAAAAGCCGCCUUGUUGGAAGCGACGGGAGGAGAGGGGGAUGGUGUCAAAUUUUUGUAG